UUGCUUGUAGAAUGAUUUCUUUGUGUAGAUAUUUUGUCGUAAAGUAAUCUUUUUAAAUAUUUAUUUUAAUCGUAUAAAGUUUCCUACAUUAUUCUAAAGUUUUAAAAGUUAUAGGUAACGGUAAACAAAUUUCUUCAUUAAAUUGUUUCAUUGAAGUUACAACAUGUGUCACCGGUUAAUAAGCAGUGACAAUGGAGGAGCAUGCGUGCCUUGUCCGCGCUCGCUCUGACUCUGAGAGUUCUUCGAAACUGGGAAGCUUCGGCUCCAUAGCUCACACCAUGUCCUAUACUGAGGACAGACUUACAGAAGGCGGUGGUGAUCCUGGCAUCACAAAUAACAUACCACCCCCGCCUGACAACAAUGAUGUCAAUGAUAGCGGUGAGCUCUUAGACUAUAAUGAUUCAAGUGUACUCGAGCAAUUCCAUGAAGAUGCAUUGAGACAGGCUGGUUGUGGUUUAUCUCAAGGAAAAGUGAUCCUGGCGGUUGGAUUGGCCGUCGUGGGGUCAGCUAUAGAAAUGUCAUCUAUUCCUUUUGUAUUGCCAUCUGCUGAGAUAGAGCUGUGUGUGUUGCCACAUGAGAAAAAUUGGUUAGUGAUGAUUAGUAUAAUGGGUGGAUCGCUGGGUGCCGUGGGUUGGGGUGCGUUGGGCGAACGCCUCGGCCGAAGAAGGGCGUUGUUAUCAGCGCUCGCUGUCAAUGCGGUUUUUGCUGCAAUUGCUGCCUUCAUGCCUACUUACGGGACAUUUAUGAUGGCCAGAUUUUGUUCAGCCAUCGGCUCAGGCGGUAUCAUUCCCACGGGAUAUGCGUAUACGGCGGAAAUGAUAUCCCGGGUAAAACGUACAAUACCGAUGGCCGUGUUUCCCGUUUGUAUGGGGGUGGGGAUACUAAUGGCGGCUGGACUUGCCCGGGCCAUCCUACCUUUGACCGGGGCCGAGACUUUGAUAGAGAAUAAGGAGCAUUUUAGCGCUUGGCAUAGGUACCUUCUCCUUUGUGUGUUGCCAAUAAUUGCGUCGUUAAUCAGCCUCAUUUGGACGCAGGAGUCUCCUCGGUAUCUCCUCGAUGUCGGGAGGGAAGUGGACGCUAUGGUGGUGUACCAGAGCAUACACAGCGGCAACCAAAUCCGCGUGUGCCGCAAAGUGAGCGUGGGCAACGAUGGCGACUAUCGCUUGGGCGAACUCUCCCUUCCGGGGAAGAGGCGUCCGCCCGCCCUGCACCACGUCAGGCAUAGCGUCAAAAUGUUUUGGCAGACAUUUUUCCAAUUAUUCUCAAACACAUACAGGAGUACAACAGUGUCUCUGGGCGGGACUUUGUUAUUCUCUAUGGCGAUAUCGUUCUACCUAUCAGCUGCAGUUCCAUCAACAGUGCUGAGCAUAGAAACGGAAGCCUUCCUCCUUUCGAGGGGUCGGUUAACGAACAUCACGUACGAGAACGAGAACUACAACGAGACGCUGGAGAACGUAGACUUUUAUGACGUCACGUUCCGCAACGUCACGUUUCGGGAUAUGCUCAUGUCGCACGUGAGCUUCUACAACAACACCUUCCUGAAUGUGGCCUUCUCCAAUAUCAAGACGUCGUACACCACCUUCAAGGGGUGCCUAUUUGUUAAUUCGACUAUGAUAGACACCGAUAUAGAGAUAGGAAAGGAGUUGGACGACUGUACGCUGACCGGCAGUACGGUGCGAGGGGUCAAGGGUGGGUGCAGCAGACACGCGGACCUGACAAGCACGCUGGGCGGUGCCCUGGCUGAACAGACAUACGGGGCAUACGCGGCCUUAUUGGCCUCGGUGCCUGUUGCGGCCCCGCACGCUUUGAGACCGCCUGUGAUCCUUUGCGGCGCGUUAGUGUUGCUAUCUCCGACACUCUACUUUGCGCAGAUAGAGACAGGGCUAUACAUAGUCGAGGCGGCUUACAGACUGAUCGUUACUGUUAUUUUCUUCACCAUCAGUAUUAAGGUGGUGGAUUCGUAUCCGGCUAAUUUAAGAUGCACGGCCCAUGGGCUUAUACUAUCGACAACUUACAUGUGGGGUACGGCCGUACGGGGCAUGGGGGACUUUGGACCCGUUAUAAGUUGUAUUCUGUGCGCACUUUUCGCUAUCACAGCCACAGCACUGUCCGUAAGAAUACGAUAGACUGUAUCGAAAAAUACUAUGAGCGUUUGAUACAAAUUAUAAUCAUAAACAAUAAAUACGUAAAUGUAGCCGCACUCACGCGCCCAGUUUCUGAAAAGCAAGUGUCAAAUGUCAAACCUCUGUCAGAUAGAAGUGACAAUUAACAUUUCAGAUUAUAUAUGAAUGAUUAUAGAAUCUGUAUAUUACUUUUUAUUGUGUUUAUUAGCAUUGAUUUUAAUUAAACUUUCAUAAUAUCAUGCGCCAAAUCUUCUCGAAACAAGAUGGCGCCCAGUGCCUAUGACGUAUCAUGCUUGUAAACACUUAACAAAUGUCAAGUUUUUUUAAUGAUUUACAAGUUAUUUACUCUAUUUUAUUUGCCAAAUAGUCUUUUCGUGAAUUAUUUGAUUAAAAUUAAGACUGACAAUUGUCUGACUGAUGCACCAGCUGCCCACUGAAGUAUUUUCGAACCAAUUCAACUUAGAGUCCUUCAAGAAAAGAGCGUACCAAUUCUUGAAAGGCCGGCAACGCACUUGCGUGCCCGGCAAUGUGAGUGUCCAUGGGCGGCGGUAUCACUUGAUAUCAGGUAAUCCUCUGCGCGUUCUGGUACUACUUGCAUAUGCCAAUUUGUUUUAAUGAUUUAUUGAAUGAAUUUUUUUUGUCAAUUUUCUGGUCAGAAACUGGGCGAGUCACUGAAAUUAUAUGAUAAUAAUAUUUUUUUGAUAAUCAAGUUUGAUGAUAAGACUUUCUUAAUGGAUUAUGAACUUUAAUAUCUGUUAGGAUAAUUUGUAAAAAUCACCCGUGAGUUGGCAGUGACUUGAGCUUCCCAAAGAUAGUUCUUUAUAGCUUAAGUAUCGAUUACAGACUCUGAGUACGACCUGCUAUGGUCUAUAACAUAGUUUUCAAUAUAUAUAUGAAGUGUUUUUGGAUAUGAUUGAGUAAAAAUUAAUCAUUACGAUAGAUUUCUUUUUCGCUUGCAAAUCGUUCCAUCUUUUAAUUACGAGCGAGAUUCAAAAAGAUCAUAUUAAGAAAGAUUGUCCCUGGAAUUGGUAGCUUUAUUUUAUUAUUGUUUGUAAAUUUGAAAGCAAAAAAUGUCUUGAAUCGCGAAGUUUAAACUCGUUUAAUUUCGCAAAAAGAUUUUUGUAAGUUCUUGGAAGUAUGAUUUCCUAUACCUAACAUAUAUAUAACGAUAUCAUGCAAAUACUUUGCAUGAUAUGGUCACCAAGAGUUUUUUAUUUCAGGAGUAGAGAAAUUUCUCUCACGAUAAAUUACUAAUACUUCACUGUGAGCAGAUGUUUUUGACAAUAAAUACAAUGAAAAAUGUCAGUUUAACUCAUAGUUAAAGAAAGCUUGAUUAUAUAAGCUACCACAUAUUUUAAAUUAUGAAUUUAUUUUACAUAUCAAUAGAUAGCGUAAUUUUAGUUUAAAUGACCUUGCCAUCAAUCUAAGACAACAAUAAUCAUAUAACAAUGAUUUCAACCAGCACUGUUCUUUAUUUACAUAUAUGGGUCUACCACCCCACCCCCCAAAUACCAAAUGAAUUAAUCUUACUAAAAAAUUCGUAAAUAUCGACCAUCUUGUCGAAAGUUUGUUUCAAGCCUGUAUUCGGUUUAAAUAAAUGUUUGUAUACUUAUAGACGCGGUAGAAGUUAUACUUCUUUGGCGCAACAAGAUAGAAAUCUUUAAUUUUAUUUUGAAGAU